AUGUCUUUCAGAGGGCUUAGCCGGCCAAAUGCUUCGUGUGCCAUGGGAGUUUCUGAUGACAGCAAGAAAACUUUCAUGGAACUGCAGAGGAAGAAGGUUCACCGCUAUGUGAUAUUCAAGGUUGAUGAGAAGAAGAGGGAGGUUGUGGUUGAAAAGAUUGGCGGCCCAGCUGAGAGCUAUGAUGAUUUUGUGGCAGCUUUGCCUGAAAAUGAUUGCAGAUAUGCAGUUUAUGACUUUGAUUUUGUGACUUCUGAGAACUGUCAAAAGAGCAAGAUCUUCUUCAUUGCAUGGUCCCCUUCAACCUCUCGAAUCCGUGCGAAGAUGCUGUAUGCAACAUCUAAAGACAGGUUUCGGCGUGAGCUGGAUGGUAUUCACUAUGAGAUUCAGGCUACUGACCCAUCAGAGAUGGAUCUGGAGGUGCUCAGAGACCGUGCACACUGA